AGGUCGCAAAGCUCAAGGGGGCCGAAUACUUUCGCAAGGCACUGUAUUUGGAUCUUCGUUGUUACUGUCUCUCAUUUGAUAAGGCUACAUGUAGGUUAGUGACUAACUCCUUAGCCUCGUUUCACCCUGCUCUAUUUCUGAUCCAUCUGUUCUGUGACGACGGUUAGCAUUUCUACACAAAGGUGCCAACGUUUUUUAGUUUGUUGGUGUUUUCAAACCGGAGACUGUUUAUGGUUACACCUAUAGAGUACAAUCACAACUCCCACCUGCCACUGCAGUGGAUCCCCUAUAACCCUAACCCUGUUUAUGGUUACACCUAUAGAGUAUAGUCACAACUCCCACCUGCCGCUGCAGUGGAUCCCCUAUAACCCUAACCCUGUUUAUGGUUACACCUAUAGAGUACAGUCACAACUCCCACCUGCCGCUGCAGUGGAUCCCCUAUAACCCUAACCCUGUUUAUGGUUACACCUAUAGAGUACAGUCACAACUCCCACCUGCCGCUGCAGUGGAUCCCCUAUAACCCUAACCCUGUUUAUGGUUACACCUAUAGAGUACAGUCACAACUCCCACCUGCCGCUGCAGUGGAUCCCCUAUAACCCUAACCCUGUUUAUGGUUACACCUGUAGAGUACAGUCACAACUCCCACCUGCCACUGCAGUGGAUCCCCUAUAACCCUAACCCAGUAGAGGUCCUAUAGGCUGCCAUAUUGUUUAAAACAUCUAUUUUCACAUUCUGGUCUACUGUACCUGAACAGGUCUGACUUUCCCUUGUAUUCGUCAUUCAUUCUGCUCAUUCAUGGUCUACAGGUGUUUUAGCAUUUUAGUUACAUUGAAGAUGACAAAUGAUGAAGCUGACAGUAACAUUUUUAAUUAGGAAACCUUUCUCCAAUACUUCUUGUUUCUUAACGGUUUCCCAGUGAGAACUCCUCAUCCUGUCCCGGGCUGAUUCCUAUGUUCUCUGUGUUUAGAAUGGCAGUGUUCGGGACAGUUACAUAUGAAACUGGGUCACAGGUGGGGGCGUUGCCACUUAAAUUAUUAAAAUGAGGUCUCUCUCUCCGCCAAUGGCAUCAUUUCUGCAGUUGGGACAGGAGCUGCAGAUUCCCAGCUUAGCAGAGCUAGUCAGUCUCACUGUGCUUAUUCUUUGUUCCGCGUCGGUACAUGAGCAGGGCUGCCCCGGUUGCCACCUUGUAUUGCCCAGAGAACAGAAUUUCUGCCAAUUCUGUUUGAAUAUUUUUUUAUACUGGACAUUUUCUACAUUUGAAGUAUUGCCUUUUGGUGUUAAUGGACAAAAAAAUAAUGAAUUCCCAAUUUUAUACAGUGGAGAUGGACAUUGGUGUUUGUCAACUGAGGAAUUUAUCUAUCUCUUUUCUGUCAUCUGUUCUUGCAAAAGAGACAACUCCAGUCAGGCUUGACAAUAGCUCUUCUGGUGCCAGUUUGGUGGCCAUCGACAAUAAAAUCGAACAAGCAAUGGACCUGGUAAAGAGCCACCUGAUGUAUGCUGUGAGAGAGGAGGUAGAUGUGUUGAAGGAACAGAUUAAGGAGCUGGUAGAGAGGAACUCCCAGUUGGAGCAGGAGAACAGCCUCCUGAAAACCCUGGCCAGCCCAGAGCAGAUGGCUCAGUUCCAGGCUCAGGUCCAGCCCAGCUCUGGCUCCCCGACAGCGACAGGCUCCUCUAACCCCCAGCCUCAGCCCCUGCCGUCCUCACAGAGCUCUGGGACCUCUACAUAGCCCCCUUCCUCGGAGAGACGUACGCAGGAGGGAGGAGAACCUUUACUCUACUGCGAACUGACCUCAUGCAAUGCAACAAGAACCACUAUGGCUCAAUCAAGGAGAGACUGCUACAAAAAUAAAAACCAUGUUUUGCACAUUUAUUUAACUGACCAAAGACAAUGAUGGACACUUGUGUCAGGUGUUCUCUUCGCUUGGAAUGCUUCAGACGAUCGCCAUGGAGACCAGGGAGGUGAAUGGAACAGAUGGACAGUUGUCAUGGAGAUGAAACAGACAACAACCCACAACUGGUACACUGUCUUCAGAUCUAUACAGUGACUAUUGAAUUGUGCCGUUGCUGCCAUUUCUUUACAUUUUCAUUUUGUUGGAUUAUUACCUAGCUGUGAAUUGAAUCAAAGAACAAGAAAUUAGGUGCAUUAUCUGUAGGGAUCAUUAAAGAAAGAGAAAACAAGACCCCAUCUGGUAUGGGGCGUAGGGUGGAACAUACAGUGCAUUUGGAAAUAAAUUCAGAUCACUUUAGUUUUUCCAAAUUUUGUUGCAUUACAGUCCAUUCUAAAAUUGAUGAAAUUGUUUUUUUUCUUCCACAUCAAUCUACACACAUUACCCCGUAAUGACUAAAGAAAAACAGUUUGAGUAAUUUUGCGAAAUGUAUUAAAUAUAAAAAAUGGAAAUAUCACAUUUACAUAAGUAUUCAGACCCUUUACUCAGUACUUUGUUGAAGCACCUCUGCCAGCGAUUACAGCCUUGAGUCUUCUUGGGUAUG